AUGAAUCGUGUAUCUAAUGACAAGAAACCAUAUUUGUUGGAUUAUGAUAAUAAAGUAGAUGUAGUUUAUCUUGCUAUUAAUCAUAAUAAAUCCAAAGAAAAAACCAAAUAUUACUUUCGGAGGUACUUGUACGUUGAUGUUCGAGAAUCUAAAGAAUAUGAAAAGGGUGAUAUUCCUACUUCUGUAAAUAUUCCUCUUAGUGAGUUUUCAAAAGAUUUUCUAUUGCAAAUUAGGAUAUCAAGUAUGUUGGCAAAUAGCAUUGCAAAGCGCGAAUUAUGA